CCCAGUAACAAGCGGUACCAGUUGUGUGGUUUGUCGAGAGCGGUCUUACGUUAAUGCCUCUACUGCCUCCCCACACCCCACCCUCUCUGCAUUAGCUGUUUAGAAGAGAACGUUUUAAGAAGUCUGUAUUGAUUCGAGUGCAUUAUAAGAACUAAAUUGUUUGACGGCAUCAAAAGCCGAUCGUGUUUGACCCUAAGCUGGGUAUGCACUGUAGUAAACGUAGGGUGAAAAAAAAGUUGAGGAGGAUAGUAAAAAGGUAGACGGAAAGAAGUGCUUACAGCACGUCGGUAACUAUCAUCGUUCAAGGAAUAGCAUUAUUCCUUCACACUGAACAACUCUGAAGCCGAAGAGUAUGUGACAAGGUAAGGCACGCCUAACAAGCAGAAUGUCUCAUAGCAAAAGAGGCGUUGCCCGUUGGGAGGCCAGUAAAGAGCGACCUGAUUACAGAGUGUAUUCGAAGCACAGGCUCGAUUGGAAACGAGGGGCUUUUCGCUGUCACAGGCGUGCAAGAGUGGAGUGUGCCAAAGCGGGCAUUGUUUUUGGCCGUUGCAGCCAGCGCCAACCUACCGUGUCUUCGGGGGUGACAUUACGCCCAGCCAACGUCUACGGUAACCGGGCACCAGGCAUGAGAGCACCCAGAAAUACCAAUCAGUUCCUGAUGCACGAAAAAUAUCAAUUAAUGCAUAUAAGGUCGGACUCGAUUGGAAGUGACAGUGGCUCAGAAAUAGAGCUGGAUAUUGACAUCGACUCGUAUUUGGGCGUGUUAGAGAAUGCCCGUGGCGGGCUGGACUGCAUCACGACUCCCCCGUGUGACGAGAAUCUGCUACACUUCGAAUUCUUCGAGUCAGUAGAUCAUGAUCAGAGUAUACAAUACUUUCCUUCAGAGGACGACGUGGUGAAAAGCGAAAGUUUUAUGCGACAGGACUUUGCAGCAUUUUGUAGUGCAUUUGAGAAUUGAAUUUUAUAGUUGUUUACCUUGAGGCAAGCUUUUGUAAAAGGGGGCGGGAAGAUUAUUUUCCACCUAGAGUAACGUCUGCGAAUUAUUCCAAUAAUGUACUUUGCCAAUAAACUUGUUUUAUUUUUAACA